ACUGGAUCCGUAGGGCCGUGGCCGCCCGGAGCGCGGAGCCGCGGGUACAGAGCGGUGUUAGCGGCGCUGCUGGAAUAUGGCGAGCGGCCGGGACGCGCGGCGGCCCUGGCUGCCGGGUCGCCUGCGGAUGCGGUUGUCGCCCCUGCUGCUGCUGCUGCUGCUACUGAGGAGCUCGGCGCGGGCGGCGCACAUCAAGAAGGCGGAGGCAACGACUACAACGAGCUCCAGCGCCCCGGCGGCCGAGGGCCAGUUCGACCGCUACUACCACGAAGCGGCUCUGGGCGAGGCACUGGAGGCAGCGGCGGCGGCGGGGCCGCCGGGCCUGGCGCGGCUCUUCAGCAUCGGCCCCUCAGUGGAGGGCCGGCCGCUCUGGGUGCUGCGCCUCACCGCCGGCCUGGGGCCGCCGCCCGCGGCGGAUACCGCGGGCCCGGACGCCGCGGGGCCGCUGCUGCCCGGCCGGCCGCAGGUGAAGCUGGUGGGCAACAUGCACGGCGACGAGACCGUGUCACGCCAGGUGCUGGUCUACCUGGCCCGCGAGCUGGCGUCGGGCUACCGCCGCGGCGACCCACGCAUCGUCCGCCUGCUCAACACCACCGACGUGUACUUGCUGCCCAGCCUCAACCCGGACGGUUUCGAGCGUGCCCGCGAGGGCGACUGCGGCCUCGGUGCUAGCGGCCUGCCCAGGACCAGCGGUCGCGACAACAGCCGUGGCCGCGACCUCAACCGCAGCUUCCCGGACCAGUUCGGCACCGGCGAGCCCCCUGCGCUGGACGAGGUCCCCGAGGUGCGCGCGCUCAUCGACUGGAUCCGUAGGAACAAGUUUGUGCUUUCUGGAAAUCUGCAUGGUGGUUCAGUGGUAGCAAGCUAUCCUUUUGAUGAUUCUCCAGAACAUAAGCCCACUGGAAUUUAUAGCAAAACCUCAGACGAUGAAGUCUUUAAAUACUUGGCAAAAGCUUAUGCUUCAAACCACCCUAUAAUGAAAACUGGUGAGCCUCACUGUCCAGGAGAUGAAGAUGAGACUUUCAAAGAUGGGAUCACAAAUGGUGCACAUUGGUAUGAUGUGGAAGGUGGUAUGCAAGAUUACAAUUAUGUAUGGGCCAAUUGUUUUGAGAUCACGUUAGAACUGUCUUGUUGCAAGUAUCCACCUGCUUCACAGCUUCAACAGGAAUGGGAGAACAAUCGUGAGUCUUUGAUCACAUUGAUUGAAAAGGUCCACAUUGGAAUUAAAGGAUUUGUUAAAGAUUCAGUAACAGGAUCUGGAUUGGAGAAUGCAACUAUCUCAGUGGCUGGUAUUAAUCACAAUAUCACAACAGGAAAAUUUGGUGAUUUCCAUAGAUUACUCAUUCCUGGAGUUUAUAAUCUUACAGCAGUUUCAACUGGGUAUAUGCCACUGACUAUUAAUAAUAUAAUGGUGAAAGAAGGACCUGCCACAGAAGUGGAUUUUUCCCUACGACCCACUGUGAUUUCAGUAAUUCCCAACUCAACUGAGACUGCAAAAACUGCUAGCACAGUUGCCACCCCUAACAUUCCUCCAGGAACAUCAUCUUCCCAUCAGCCAAUUCAGCCUAAAGACUUUCACCAUCACCAUUUCCCUGAUAUGGAAAUCUUCUUGAGAAGAUUUGCCAAUGAAUAUCCUAAUAUCACUCGACUUUAUUCGUUAGGAAAAUCAGUAGAAUCCAGAGAACUGUAUGUGAUGGAGAUAUCUGAUAAUCCAGGUGUCCAUGAACCAGGUGAACCAGAAUUUAAGUAUAUUGGGAAUAUGCAUGGAAAUGAGGUAGUUGGAAAAGAACUGCUAUUGAACCUCAUUGAAUACCUUUGUAAGAACUUUGGAACAGACCCUGAAGUAACAGAUUUGGUUCGCAGCACUAGAAUUCACCUUAUGCCAUCCAUGAAUCCUGAUGGAUAUGAAAAGUCCCAAGAAGGAGAUUCAAUAAGUGUAAUUGGCAGGAACAACAGCAACAACUUUGACCUAAACCGAAAUUUCCCAGACCAGUUUGUUCCGAUCACAGAUCCUACCCAACCGGAAACUAUUGCUGUAAUGAGCUGGUUGAAGGCCUAUCCAUUUGUGCUAUCAGCAAAUCUACAUGGAGGUUCUUUGGUGGUUAACUACCCUUUCGACGAUGAUCAACAAGGAGUUGCCACAUACAGUAAAUCACCAGAUGAUGCUGUGUUUCAACAAAUAGCACUUUCUUAUUCCAAGGAAAACUCCCAGAUGUUUCAAGGUAGACCUUGCAAGAAUAUGUACCCUAAUGAAUAUUUUCCUCAUGGAAUAACAAAUGGAGCUAAUUGGUAUAAUGUUCCAGGUGGUAUGCAGGACUGGAACUAUUUACAAACAAAUUGCUUUGAAGUAACAAUUGAACUAGGUUGUGUGAAAUAUCCAUUUGAGAAAGAUUUGCCAAAGUUCUGGGAACAGAAUCGAAGAUCUCUAAUCCAGUUCAUGAAACAGGUUCAUCAGGGUGUCAAAGGAUUUGUCCUUGAUGCCACAGAUGGUAGGGGUAUAUUAAAUGCCACCAUCAGUGUUGCUGAAAUUAAUCACCCAGUGACUACUUACAAAGCUGGAGAUUACUGGCGCCUCUUGGUUCCAGGGACUUAUAAAAUCACAGCAUCUGCUCGAGGGUAUAACCCAGUUACGAAGAACGUGACUGUCAAGAGUGAAGGUGCUAUUCAGGUCAACUUCACACUUUUUCGAUCCUCAGCAGAUGCUAACAAUGAAUCAAAGAAAGGACAAGGGGAUAGCACCAGCACUGAUGAUGCCAACGACCCAACUACAAAGCAGUUUGAAGCAUUAAUCAAAGAUCUUUCGGCUGAGAAUGGCCUGGAAAGCUUCAUGUUAAGCUCCUCCUCAAAUCUCGCUCUGUAUCGAUACCAUUCAUACAAAGACUUAUCAGAGUUUUUGAGAGGGCUUGUAAUGAACUAUCCUCAUAUUACAAAUCUUACCACUUUGGGACAAAGUGUUGAAUAUCGUCACAUUUGGUCGCUUGAAAUCUCCAAUAAGCCCAAUAUAUCUGAACCUGAAGAACCAAAGAUUCGUUUUGUUGCCGGUAUCCAUGGAAAUGCUCCAGUUGGAACUGAACUGCUUUUGGCUCUGGCAGAAUUUCUCUGCCUGAAUUACAAAAAGAACCCAGUUGUUACCCAAUUGAUUGACAGGACUAGGAUUGUGAUUGUUCCUUCUCUAAAUCCAGAUGGACGAGAGCGAGCACAAGAAAAAGACUGUACUUCAAAGACAGGACAAGCAAAUGCCCGUGGCAAAGACCUGGAUACAGACUUCACAAGUAAUGCCUCCCAACCUGAGACUAAAGCCAUCAUUGAAAACUUGAUUCUAAAACAGGACUUCAGCCUUUCUAUUGCUUUAGAUGGUGGUUCUGUGCUGGUCACAUAUCCGUAUGACAAACCAGUUCAGACAGUGGAAAACAAAGAGACUUUAAAGCAUUUGGCAUCUCUUUAUGCAAAUAACCAUCCAUCGAUGCACAUGGGUCAGCCUAGUUGUCCAAAUAAGUCAGAUGAGAAUAUUCCAGGAGGAGUAAUGCGUGGAGCAGAAUGGCACAGUCACCUGGGCAGCAUGAAGGAUUAUAGUGUCACUUACGGUCAUUGCCCAGAAAUCACAGUGUACACAAGCUGCUGCUACUUUCCUAGUGCAGCACAACUCCCCACCUUGUGGGCAGAAAAUAAAAGGUCUCUCUUUAGCAUGUUGGUGGAGGUUCACAAAGGAGUCCAUGGAUUUGUCAAAGAUAAGACUGGUAAACCAAUCUCUAAAGCAGUCAUUGUACUCAAUGAAGAAAUAAAAGUACACACAAAAGAGGGAGGUUAUUUCCAUGUGCUGUUAGCUCCUGGUGUCCAUAACAUCAAUGCCAUUGCUGAUGGGUACCAGCAGCAACAUUCACAGGUCUUUGUGCAUCAUGAUGCUGCCAGUUUUGUGGUAAUAGUCUUUGAUACAGAUAACCGGAUAUUUGGUUUGCCAAGGGAGCUUGUGGUAACUGUGUCAGGUGCCACCAUGUCAGCAUUGAUCCUAACAGCUUGCAUCAUUUGGUGUGUCUGCUCAAUCAAGUCCAACAGACACAAGGACGGUUUUCAUCGACUUCGGCAACAUCAUGAUGAAUAUGAAGAUGAAAUUCGUAUGAUGUCAACUGGCUCCAAGAAGUCUCUCCUAAGCCAUGAGUUCCAGGAUGAAACAGACACAGAAGAAGAAACAUUGUAUUCUAGCAAACAUUGAAAACUACAUUUUACAUAUCUCCUAGCAUAAGCACCAAGCAAAAUGACAGCUCCUUUUGGGAGACACUGCAUUAAGAAGAGAGAUUCCUUCUUCAAAGAGCUUUGGGAAGUUAACUUGCUAAAUUUAUAUUCUCUGUGAAUAUUGCUGGCAGUUUUGAACUUCCCUUCCUUAAAGUACUCUUAAUCUUUUCUAAAAAUCUGAUUUCUAUUUAUGCAGCAGAGAUGGGACAGCCACUUUGUUUUCCUUUUUAAUUUAAGAUGAGCUGUUUGGAGCUUAUAUAGUAACAGCAUAAAGCCAUCUAGUAGAUGUCAUAUUUUGCACAUCAGGUAUUUACUAGUGGCUUUAGUUUGUUUUUAUUUUAAAGGCCAAAAGAAUCUAGAAACAUUAAGGCAGGGACACCAGUCAGAUUCUGACUCAAAGCUUUAAAAACUUGAGAUUUUUCUCAAUCUACUGAAGAGGUCUCUUCUCUAGUUAAUAAAUAGCUGGAGUUUCUCUUUUCAGGUUUAAUGGAGGUUGGAUGAUUUUUAAACAUAUAUGACAUUAGGAAAUGAAUAAAUGGGCUUCCGUAUUUGUCUUUCUACCUGUUUCCAGGCUGGAUCAGAACUGGUGGGCUGUGCUGUUAAGCAGGAUUUUACUACCUCUCUUGUAAGGUUUGACAAAGUCUGAAUAGCCCCAUCUUAAAGGAGAACUCACCAACUUUGUUGUGAAAGUUCCAAAUGUCUACUUGAGUGGAAGUGAGAGGGAGAUCUAGCAGAAGCUAAAACUCAUGUUGCCUGCCUUUUAACUAGGUAAAAACCCACAGGUGCUGCUGCUUUUAUCUGUGAAGCACUUGUUUAUUCUAAGAAUGCCUAUUCCUUGUUUCCUAAAUUUCAGCAUUUUUCUGUGUUGUAUACGUGUGAUUUUCAAAUGAUCCAGCAUCUAAGACUCUGAAUUCUACUGAAAAUAUCUAGAGAUAUGGAAGAAACCUACUUGCACAGUCUUAAUACAUUUGAAUCCAAAAUGUCUACACUUAAUGCUCCAGCCCACAUUUCACCCUGUGGUGGCAUCUAUUACUGAAAUUCCUUGACCAGUCUUAUGUACAAAGGCCUCUGCAAGUGAUUUGGUUCUUUGUCCUAAUGUUUCCUUCGACGGUCUCUUUUUUGACCAAGCAAUUUUGUUAAGAUUUUCAGUUCAAAGCUUUUAAAUACGGCUUCCUCUGUUUAAAAAAAAAAGCCAACUAAAGGACUGCCUGUCGUGUGAUAGAACACUGAAAGUGUGUCAUCUUCACUGCCAGUCAGGCAAAGACCUGAAAGAUUUGCAUUUUGUUGUGUUUGUCUUAAUGUUGUUCAGUGGAAUGAAGCUUUUUGUAUGUGUGAGUCUUACCAAUGAUGUCAUGGUUUAAUAUCUUGAAUGUUGUAAUGGCCAAGUUGCUGCUGAACUUGUACUAAAUCAGGGGAUAAAAAAACUAGCUCUUAUCUUUCCAAAUUGCAUUCAUAGCCAUUAAUGUAUCAGUUGUCCCAAAGCCUUCAUGUGGAGGGGUUUAUUCAGCUCACCCAGGUCCUUCAGCCACACUUCAUAAGGAAUGCAUCCAAAGUGGCUUUAUAAAAUAGAGAUCUUGUUUAGUGGAAAGAAAUAACGAGGUCAUGACACUUGUUAGCAAAUACCUGUGGUAAGUUGAGUGGUUUAAGGUUAAGCCAUUCUAGAAUUAAUCCUGGUAUUAGCAACUCUGAAUUCUGCCAUCUCACUGUCAUCCUGGCAUAUGAACAGAACAGUUUGUGGAAUGUUAAUAGUUAAUGAAGUAUACAUGAUUUCAUUUCUUCACAUAAUACUUUAGGUUCUCUAAACGAUGUGGUGUAUUGUUGUUUUUCAGCUUUAUUUUUAGAAGUACAAAGUCAGAAAACCAACAAGGCCUAGAGCAAGUCCCUGCUUGGGACAUUGCAACCAAGUUCAUGUGACAGCCUCUGCUUUUUUAGCAGUGGUCUUCACUAAAGGAUACCUUUACCUUUACUGCUCUCUUGAAUUAAAUGUGUCUUUAACAGUACAUCUCAGUGGUUGGAGGCCAUGUCUUUUUAAGUGUGUAUGAAAUAUUUUUAGAGAUGAAUAUACACAUAGUUCCUUUAGUAAUUUUUUUCUGAAACAAAACCUGAAUUCUGCUGUAAAUCUUGAGUGUUUAAUAAACUUCUAAAUAAUGCAUUGAGCUGGGAAAAAGAAGGCCUCCCCAGCCUCCAUUACCUAUGAUUGUGAAUGUACAAGAUCCAUGACUGCUAAGACUAUGUUCUCAGCCCUGCUGUCCUUUACUUGUGGAUCUAAUCAAAUCAUAGGCUGCAUCAACAGCAGAAGGCACUGAAGCCGUACGGGACAGGGAAUACAUUUUGGAAGUGUUUCUCCUAGAGACUUUCCAUUCUUUAGAGUCAUGGAGGCAAGUAGUUAUGACAGUAUUAAGAAAUUUGCUCAAAUCUGAGAUGUGCCUUCUUUAUUCACAAGGCAUUGUUUUGUCCUGGUGAUCAGUUUAUAACUUUCUUCCCUCUCUGCUCCUCAAUGAAAGCAAAGUGAUUGAGAGGUAAUGUUCAAAGUGUCUGCCUGUGCAAAUGUACUUGUACUGAGAGUUUGGUAAGAUGAGCCCAAGUCAUUUUAGAAAGUUUUGAUGUAUUUGGUGUGGAACUCUGGGGUGGUAGUGGGAUCCAAUCCAGUUGAAAAAUGCUUGCAAUUCUCACUGAAGAGAAUUUGCUUUGGGACUCUCUCAGCUUCCAGAAAGGAAACAAUGUAUUUUGGCUCAGUAUGCUUGAUUGGUUAAUCGUUGGUAAAUUUAAUCUGAAUGGGAUUUGCUGAAUUAGUGAAUAUUAAAUUUAAAACUAAUUAUGAAUGGAAAAAUAAAAGGUAGUGCUUUCGUCUGAACUUACUGUGUUUCUGAGCUAGCGCCAGGUUACACAGUACAUGACUUACUACUCCAUUUAUUUCCCUUUAUUCUCCACACUAAAUAGGUGUACCGUCUUGUGUACUUGCGCCAGGCUUUGUCCCUGCUGAAUUAGAAACUUCUUGGCUGUGAACAUGUCAUAGUGUGGUUCUCUGGUAGAAUUGUUUUAACAGUAGCAGCCAUGCAUUCACCCUAAAUAUUUGUUUUAUUGCUAAUUACUAAAAUUCCAUUAAUGGUUGAUGUUUCAUGAUUUUUCUGACUAGCAACUUUUUGAUAAAUAUAGGUUCCUGAGUUACUUUUAACUAAAGCAGUCUUUGGGGAGGUGAUUAGGGUCUUUGAUUAAUGUCAAUUGAAUUUGGAUUUCUAAUUCAUGAAGAAAACCCUCCUGAUACUUACUUUUCCUCUAUCUUUGGCAAAAAAUUUAUUAAUGCUUCCACUAGCCUUUCAUAAUAUUGUCCUGGUUGAUUUUUGACAGAAUAUUUUAUGAAAUUUUAAAGUAGGUUACUGUUUUGAGGCAAUUGGAUAAAAGUUAUGUAAGUAUAUACAAUUAUGAUGGUCAUAAAUGGCAUAACAUGAGUGUACUAGUUACAUUCUAUGCUGCAGAUUUUUUGUAGGUCUGACAUAAUGGUAUUUUCCAUGUUCUUUUCACCUCUUUGUUUUUUUCAGAAUGAUACUCCCAGCUCCAGAACUCUAUUUAUAUGCCAUGCCCAGUAUCCAUUCAUCUUGAGUGCUGCAGUCUUGUUUAUUUCAUGCGCUGUGCCUUCAAACUGAAUUUUUAAAGGGGACUUUAAAAGAAUUAAAUAGUAGUUUUAAAAAGCUA